CCACCACCCACAGCGACGUCCGCAUGGUGCAGCUCAGCCCCACAGCAGCGCCCGCGCUCCCGCUCCAGCCGCCCGCCAGAGCCAUGCUCUACGGCCUCGGCCCCCCGCUCAGCGCCGCCAGCAGUGGAUUUUUUGGAGAGCCAGACAACUUCUCCAUGUACAACAACAACAGAGUGAAAAGAAGACCAUCCCCCUAUGAAGUGGAGCUCUCUGAUGGUCCUCAUACAAAGGUGGUCCGCCGAAUAUUUACAAACAGUCGUGAAAGGUGGAGGCAGCAGAAUGUCAAUGGGGCUUUUGCUGAGCUUCGCAAGCUCAUUCCAACUCACCCACCUGACAAAAAACUCAGCAAGAAUGAAAUCUUACGCCUGGCCAUGAAAUACAUCAACUUCUUGGCCAAGCUUCUCAAUGACCAGGAAGAAGAAGGAAACCAAAGGGGUAAAGUCAACAAAGACACUGACAUCGUCCAAGAAGACCUCCUUCAGGACAUGUUGUCUCCAAACUCGAGCUGCGGAAGCUCAUUAGAUGGAGCAGGAAGCCCAGACAGUUUUACAGAGGAACAUGAAACGUUAGAUCCCAAGCCAACGAGGGGUCUCCAUCAUUCCCUUCUUCCCAUCGAAAGCAAUACACAGCGAUGAUGAACCUAAACAGAGGCCCAGGCAAGCCCUUGAAUCCCUGGUAUGUGGAAUUUAUGCAUGCCUUUCCUGCAUCAUCAUCUUCUCAAAAAAGAAAUGGUGACUUCUCAAGUUUUCCUUUCAACAUAAAUAAGAUAGCAGGAUGAAAAAGAAUAGCCAGAGCAAAUCAAGAGCCUCUUCAUGAUUCAGGCUGCCGAUGAAACACUGGCCUGAAAGAUUUCUUGGUGGUAUCUGUGUUAUUUUUGAUUGCUCAAAGGAUAAAAUACAUGGGCAGCACAUUUUGUAUUCAUAGAAGGUUUACAAUUGCUUGAACUGAUGAUCUUCUGUCUUUCUGCAGAAUAGUUACACCUCUGCACCAUCCUGCACUCCUCUCUUUCAGAUGUUCAAACCCAAAUAUCUUCUAUAAUAUGUGUACAUGGCAAUGGAAGCCCUUAAAAAUCAUUCAUGCUGUGUGUUUCUUCUCUAGCACACUUUGAGGAAAUUUAUGCAACUUGUCUGGGAAGAGUCUUUUCACUCCAGAGCCUUGUCUUUUUUAAAUUUUAUUUUUAAAGGAAGGAAGGAAAUCCCCCUUACUAAGGAACAGUUGACUUUGUGUUGUGGUUUGUUUGGUUCUUCGUUUUUCCACUUGAUAUAUUUAUAUAGAUAUAUAUCAAUCUAGGCCAACCCUGGAUUGUUUAUGGUCUUGUAUUUAUGAUGUGGAAUUCUUUCUGUUUAAUUCCAACAUGCAGUAUCUGCUGGACUAAACAGGUACAUUAAUGGGGUUUGUUUCUCAACUUCUGACAUCUCAUCACACUAGUGAUUUGUGACUUCUUCUGACAUGGGUGAGCAACAGUAUUUCUGCUGGUUUAAAAAUUUUUUCCAGAAAGUCCAAUGAAAAAGUGUGUGUGUGUGUGUGCACGCGCGUGUAUUUAUAUAUGAAACUGGUAUAUAAUUUUCAGUAAAGCAUUUUGACUUAUUUGGAUAUGCUUAUGUCAAAGUUAUGGGCAAGAAUCCACUAGGAACUUCUUCUGUGGAAGAUCCACAGAAUUGCAUAAGAUUGCAUCCAUGUCCAGGGCUGAUCUAGUCAGCAAAGAUGGAUAUUUGCUGGGUCUUAUAGACUGGGAAAAUGGUCCACUGUUCUGUAUCAUUCAUUCUAUAUGGGCCAUUUGCAGGAGAAGUCUCCAGGGGUCAGUGUUCAUGGAGUGCUGUUCUCAGAUGUUUAUGAUACAGAGCGGAUUUGCACUCUGUUGUCCAAUAUAGCCCUGUGAUUGCACACUUUCUGUAGACAUUCUCCCUGCCCGUGGCCGCACCAUAUUUGCUAUGCCAGUAUUCUGUUCAAAAGCUUAGCCACCUGACUCGACUCUUUUGUCAUCAUCAGGCUGCAGUUCAUGAGCCUCUUUAUUUUGCACAGAGUCUCACCGCAGUCAUUGAGACGAUUUCAGGAUUAUUUCAUCAUUUCAGCUUUGAUUUUACGGACAAAGUUUGUGUGCACAGAGACUGCUGAAUCAGGAACUCUGUAUUAUUCUCAGUGUCACUUUACACAUCACAUUUCUUAGGUGUGCACCUAAACGUUGGAAGGGCAACACAUACAAAUGUCAAGUGUAAAUGUGACUAGCAACACUUUUGCAAACAAACACAUGUAUCGUAACAAAAGCUACAACCUAAGCCCUGUUCAGAUGUUCAAAAAGAGGACACUGCACGUGACUACAGCAUCCUGUGAGCUUGCCUGCAAGCCCUCCUUACUGCUUACAUGCCCAGAAGCCUCCUCUGCCCCCAUUCAUGAUUACAACAUUUGU